UCUAUAAAUAAUUCACAUUUUCCACACUCCCUUCCGCCCCCCAUCUGUUGCUACUACUGUUCAGUAUUGGUCGCCACCGCUCCGCUCCGCCUGAACCUAUCUCUCUCUUGUUUUCCGGGUCCUCCUCCCUUGCUGCCUUAUAAAAGGGUAAAAAAUGGCCACCACCAGACUUCCAAUCAACUGCAUGGUGAGAGUUGCACCCCAGAACCAGAAUUCAAGAGCCUUGAUCAAAAGCCCACCAUCCCUAACAUCUGUUAAGAGCAUCACCGAAACCUUCGGUUUGAGAGCUAAACCUAAUUUCAGGGCCUCUGCCAUGGCAACAUACAAGAUCAAACUAGUUACUCCAGAAGGAGAGCACACUUUUGAAGCUGCUCAUGACACAUACAUCCUUGAUGCUGCUGAGGCUGUUGGAAUUGACUUGCCAUAUUCUUGCAGGGCUGGUGCAUGCUCUACUUGUGCUGGGAAGAUUGUUUCGGGUUCUGUCGACCAAUCUGAUCAAUCCUUCCUUAGCGACGACCACAUCGAAUCUGGUUAUGCGCUGACUUGUGUGUCCUACCCCACUGCUGAUUGUGUAAUCCACACUCACAAGGAGGGCGAACUUUACUGAGAGUCCAGGUCAUACCCAUUAGCUUGCUAGGUAGAUUGCAGAUGGAUGAAUGUUUUGGGUUUUGUCCUGAAGAAUCCUGUAAGGUUCAAGUGGGAUUUCGGACACUUGUUGCAUUUGUUUCUCAAAUCUUUCUUCAAUCCCUCCAACUGUUGAUUUCUAUGUAUGCCAUUGGGCUAGUAAUUUUGGAGAAUUGAUACUCUCAAGGCAACUAUAUCAUUAUGGUAUUAUGCCACUGCCCGCAAUUAAUCAUCAGUAUUUUGGGGUUGAAUCUUGUGAACUGCCUCAAGUAUGCUACUGUGUUGUUAUGCCA